UCCUGUUGUCUCCACUCUCGGAGUUUGCUCUGCGUCAGAUGAUGCGCGGCGCGUGCUCUAUAAAGGCACCUGUCCUGGCAGAGCUCAGGCACAUCUGACUUUGUCACUUCACUCUUCUCGUGUUCAGCUCCUCGCGCACUCUGCCCCGUUCAGGACCAUGAGUUUCUCCAGUGAAGUGUACAGCUCCAGCUCCUACCGGAAGAUCUUCGGCGAUGCUCCACGCUCCGGGCGCAUGUCGAUGGCCAGCCCGUCCCGUGCCCACUCCUCGGGACUCCGCAGCGUCCAUCACCGGUACAGCUCCCCGUCCAUGUCCUCCUCCGGGAUCCGCAGGAGCGCUGCACCACGCAUGAAUCUGGCCAUGCACGAGCCGCUGGAGCUGUGCGCCUCCACGGCGAUGACCAACGAGCUGAAAAUUGUCCGUACCAACGAGAAAGAGCAACUGCAGGGGCUCAACGACCGCUUCGUGUCGUUCAUUGAGAAGGUGCACAGCCUUGAGCAGCACAACCGCGUGCUCGAGGCAGAGGUGACGCUGCUGCGGCAGCGCCACAACGAGCCCUCGCGCCUGCACGAGCUCUAUGAGCAGGAGAUCCGUGAGCUCCGGGCGCGUGUGGAGGAGCUGACGCACGAGAAGAGCCAGAUGCACGUGGACUGCGUGCAGAUGAAUGAUGCACUGGAGCGCUCGCGAGAAAAGCUUGACGAGGAGAACCGGCUCCGCGAGGAGGCUGAGAACGCGCUCAAGGGCUACCGGAAGGACGUGGAUGAUGCCACGCUCGCGCGUCUCGAGCUUGAGAAGAAAGUUGAGGCUCUGCUGGACGAGAUCGCCUUCCUCAGGAAAGUGCACGAGGAGGAGCUGCACGAGCUGCAGGCAUCACUGCAGGCCACGCAGGUGUCUGUGGAGAUGGACAUGGCCAAACCGGACCUGGCAGCUGCUCUGAAGGACAUCCGCUCUCAGUACGAGAACCUCUCCGCCCGAAACCAAGCUCAGGCCGAGGACUGGUACCGUUCCAAGAUCGCCACAGUAUCGGAGGCGGCGGCCCGUAACCAGGACGCCAUCAAACACUCCAAAGAGGAGCUGACUGAGUACCGCCGACAGGUUCAGGCACGCACCCUGGAGAUUGAGGCUCUGAGGGGCCACAAUGAGGCGCUGGAGAGGCAGAUCGCCGAGAUGGAGGACCGCCACAACCAGGAGAUCGGCGAGCUGCAGGACACCAUCCAGCAGCUGGAGGCAGCCCUGCGCACCACUAAAGGAGAGAUGUCCCACCACCUGCGCGAGUACCAGGACCUGCUCAAUGUCAAGAUGGCUCUGGACAUCGAGAUCGCUGCCUACAGGAAGCUGCUGGAAGGAGAAGAAUGCCGUCUCAGUUCCGUCGGUGGAUCCGUAGUGCAGUCGGGAUACCAGGGCUUCUCGUACAUGUCCCCUCGCAGCUACACCCUGGGAGCCUACAGGAGGUCCAAACCCGAGGAGGACGGGGACGAGGGAGAGGAUGACGAGGAGAAGGAGGAGGGAGAUGAGGAAGAGGGAGGAGAUGAGGAGGGAGGAGACGAGGAGGCGGGAGAUGAGGAGGGUGGAGACGAGGAGGGAGGUGAUGAGGGAGAGGGUGACGAUGACCAGGAGGAGGAAGAGGAGCAGAAGCAUGAUAAGAAAGGUAAAGAUAAGGAUGACAAGCAAGACAAGGAGAAGGAUAAGAAGAAAGAGAAGGAUAGCUCUAGCUCCAAGACCAGCAAAAACUGAAUACAUGACACCAGUCACAUACUUGUAAGCUAUGUUCAUGUGGGCAUAUGAAUGGGACAAAAUAGAAAUAGAUAAACGCAUAAAACAUACAAAAAUACUACACAAGUCAUAGUAGAUUUAAAGCUACAUUAUGUAACAUUUUGCAACACUUAUAUUUUUGAACUUCAUAACAAUGGGCGCUGUGUUAGAGCCUUUUGAAAACAUAUCGGAUCAUUACCACCAGUUAUUCAGCUCAUGCCUAAAGAAUCAUAUUGUGGCUUGAGUGGUACAAAACUUAGGAUAAUAUUGCACUAUUCCUAUUAUCUUUCUAAUUAAAUCAUGUUAUUAUGCAUUAGAUUACAAGAUGUUACAUAGUGUUGCUUUAAACAGUCAUAUCCAUGUCUAGGUGGAGUUGCUUGAUUGAUACAUUUCAGAUAUCAUGACAUUUAAAUCCUAAAAUGUGGGAGCAAUAUUAAUAAAUGACUAAACUUAGAGGAUUGAGAACACAUUGCUUUAACAUAAUUUAUAUAUUAAAGCAAAAACGUUACUGUACCAUUUGUAGUUGCUAAAGAGAUGUAGUCUACACAUGCUUCAUUCUUUGCAUAGUAACUAUUCCAAACUAUUCACCAUCAGAGUAUUG